UAGAACUGUAGGCCAAAUUUGUACGGUGGCAACGAACGCGAGAUGACGCUGCUUUCCUGUAGACUGUGUAUGCCUACUGUCAUGAUGACUGUACAGUUGAGAUUUUUUUCCAGUUUGUCAAGUGUACUUUAGAUCAAGUACUUGACAUCAAGCUGAUCAGGAGGCUGUAACGGUAGCUGCCCAAAUCGGUGAUUCCUUAUCGUUGCUGAAAUCCUCGGCCUUCAUGAACGAGUUUCUCCUCAAAGCAAGACUCACGUCAAGAUGAUUAGGAUUAAUUCUUAUAUUGGUCACUGGUGUUCUUUGGAAGGCACAUAGCAUUUUGUUUACUUCAUCGCCUGUAGAACAUGUAGAAUGGACAGCGCAACGACAGCUGCCCCAAGUGAGCCCGCCCUACCCGUCCCGGUGAUUGUUGUCCUAGCAGUUGGAGGAUAUCUCGUUCUCAUCGUUCUCCUCGUAGUGAUUCGCCAGUUUCUUGUGGCUCGAGGUGUAUGCAUGGCCUGUGCCCCGUGCGGGAAGGAGGAUGGUAGUCUGCAGUGUUGUGAUUGUUGGAUCUCCUGCGCUGAGGGAUGCAAUUGCUGUGCUUACCCCAAUGUCAAGUCCUGCUUAGAUUCGGUGUGUGGUCCGCCCGAUAAUAGGUGCAGUAUGACCAAAUGCGUGUCCUGCCAGACAUGUCAGAACAACACCUGCUGCGGGGAUGAAGCGUCAGGCUUUGAGUCCUGUUGUGGGACUGGGGACAGCUGUAGCAAUCAAGGAUGCGAAUGUGCUGGCUGCGACUGUGCCUGCCAGGCCCCAGAAUGUGACACCAUCGACUGUUUCUGCUUCAAGGUCAACAUGCACAACUGAAAUCCUCUUGACACUUGUACUUAGUGUCCUGCAGCACACAUGUCGCCAUUGGCAACAGUAGGUUUGGGAGAACGUAUCAGUACUGAAGUUGUCAUUUUUGUGUUGAACAUUUUCCAAAAGUGUACCAUGUUUUGCAGGGGAAAGCUUUCGUUUUUCCCUAAACUUUGAACUUUCAGUGCAAGUUGUUGAGAUUGAACGAUCGCUGCGUGUAGAAGCUUGGCGCCCUUUACACAGCCCCAAAGCUCUGCGUUGGAAGCAUUUGAACCCAAACGAUAUGCCAACCUUUUUCACUCUAAGACAAGCGAACAUGGCUUGUGGUCAUUGCUCCAAUUUUGCUACAUGAGAGCACAUGAAGAUUGACACCCAAAUUGGCAGUACAUAAUGUUCAGAUGUAAAGCUGUAUUCAUAUAUGUUCAUGUACUUCCUCCGAAAUGCAAGUCAUCUGUGUCCCUGAGUGUACAUGUGUAUGUGUACAUUCAAGGCAGAUGUGUACAUAUUUCAUGGUCAACCUUUUUUUUUUUCUUUUUUUUUAAUGCUUCUCUCCAGCCACCUGGAUCUGCGAACUUUUGUACCAAAUGUUUUUCUGACUACAAAGUGGUCAAAGAUAAUUUGAUGGGCAUGUACCAAUACGUGCUCAGGUCUAAUAUUUGUUUGUUUUUUGGCAUGUUGUGAGUAAAUAGUUUUUUUUUCCUGUUAUCUCUUAGUGAGGAUUCACUUUCUCGUGUGCCGUAGGCUAAACUUUAUGAUUUUGUGUACAUGGACUUCUCUGUGACUCUGAUCAACUCGGACCUUGUCAAAGAACAAAUAAAACCAGAGUAAUGACA